GUCAUUCUGUGGAAUCCGCCACCUGAAACACAGUAUAAAACACACACGUCACACACACACACACACACACACACACACACAGACAGAGUGAGUGGCGAGUCUCUGCAGCAGUUCAUUCUGCAUUUGAUCAUCUCAGAUCAGAGUGUGUGAAGAUGAUUCCACCUGGAGAUUGUCUGUAUGCCGGCAGAAAGAGGAGGAAACCCAUUCAGAAACACAGAAAACCAUCACCAGCCACUGACAAAUCCAACCCGUCAAAACGCCACCGUGACCGUCUGAACGCAGAACUGGACCGUCUGGCGGGUCUGUUGCCCUUUUCACCCGAGAUCAUCUCAAAACUAGACAAACUGUCUGUGCUCCGUCUAAGCGUCAGUUACCUGCGAGUCAAGAGCUUCUUCAACGACGCGGUUCAUGAUAAUCCACUUCACAAACACACAAGCAGGAAAGACAACGAGACGACAACACAGACAUGUGUUCAAGAGAGCCAACUUCUGCUAGAGUCUUUAGCAGGUUUCGUACUGGUGGUCAGUGCUGAUGGGAUGGUCUUCUACGCAUCCUCUACUAUAGUUGACUAUCUGGGCUUCCACCAGACAGAUGUGAUGCAUCAGAAUGUGUUUGAUUACAUUCAUGUGGAUGACCGGCAGGAGUUCAGACAGCAGCUGCAUUGGGCCAUGAACCCGUCACCUCCGACAACUGACCAGCACUUGCACACUGGCACGGGUGAAGAUUUUGUUGUGAGCAGUUUAUUUCACUCCAGUGAGAUGGGCAACGUUCCUCCAGAAUUCACCUGCUUCUUAAAUCGCUGUUUUAUCCUGCGAAUUCGUUGUUUACUGGACAGCACAUCUGGAUUUCUGACAAUGCAGUUUCAGGGGCAACUGAAGUUUCUUCAUGGUCAGAGGAAGAAGACUCCGUCCGGAAGCGUUCUGCCACCUCAGCUCGCGCUCUUCUGCAUCGCCGUUCCCCUCUUGCUGCCCUCCAUCACUGACAUAAAGAUGAAUAACACGAUGAUGAUGAUGAAGAACAAACAAAAGAACAACAGCAUUCACAGUGACAAUCAUUUCAGACGACACACAGUGAUGAGUGAUGGUGUGGAGCCCAACGGACCUGUGAGGUCAUACGAGCCCUGGACGCCGCAUUCCAAAGACAACAUCAAGGUCAAGAGUGAAGAUUACUAUGAUCAGGACAAGCCCUUGAACUUCUGCAGGUCUGCACUGAAGUUCUCAAACCUGGAUGACUCAUGGAGAAGCUCCGACAGGGCCCUCAGGACGCCUCACGGGGCCAACAACGUCCUGUCCAGGGCCCGCAUGAACAAACACUACGCCAAACCAUAUCGACUAUCUCCGGGAUAUUAUAAUAACAGAGUGGAUGCAUUCAUUCCGAAGAUGUACGAGAGUCUUGAGGACGGCAUGAAGAGCGAGAUCUUCAGUUACGACGCUCACAGUGAGGGCUUUGACGGUCAUGUAAUCUCUGAGCUGCCUAUAAAGGUGGAACCGGACUCGGACUCUGAGAACGGAUGCGAUGUGUACGGACGCUCAUGGGUGGCACACCAGCGCUACAUGAAUGGCUACGAUGGAGUUCAGAUGAAAGCGGAGAGCGGAGACGGCGAGCAGUAUUCACCCUGUCAGAGGUCAAAGGGUCACGCGAUGACGUACGGUGGCCACUAUCAGAAUGCUUACAGCGCCGCGCCACGACCUCUCAAGUGUGUCCUGAACAAAGAGCAGCAGAGGUCGAACCACCAUGACAUGCUCUCAAACUGCACAGAUGAUUCUUACGCUGUUUCAUACGUGCAGAACGACUACAAAACAGGCUACGAGUUCAGAGGUCAAGGGUUACUUCAGUGCAUCAAACAGGAGCCCCUGGACUCUCCGCCGUGGCAAAUAAACAGUCAGAGAAAUGUCAUGAAUAACUGUGUGAUGAACGGCCCACCGCAGAAGAUCAGCCCGUAUGUGUUCAUGCAGUGAGUCUCAAACCUCUUUCUUGUAAAUAAAUGAGAUUCGGCAGAGACUCCUGGAAUAUUCCACAGAUAUGCUUCUUUACUUGUUUUGCUCCAGGAUUCAGAAUAAGACAGCAAGCGACGACUCAACACAAAUAAAAUCGUACUAAAACAGUCACAAGAAGGCCUUCAAAUGAAACAUUGAAAUGUAUUAAUAGCACCACGACUAUGACAGGCUGAAUAAGAAAACUGAUGAUUCUUUAAAUGUUUAAACAACAGAAGUGUGAUUUACCAGCGUAACACUGAACAAACAUUGUAUUAAUAUUAUCCAUAUUACCAAUAGACAGAUGAAUUCUCUUCAAACUACUGUAGUUUGAUUGGACGCAUGGCCUUAGAUGUCAACAUCAAAAGAAAAGUUUUCUCUUGUUAAAAGUUUUUUAAAUCAUUAAAGGUUUUAUUUAUUUUGCUCGUUAUUCUUUAUUAUUUGCAUAUUCCAUAGUUUUUUCCCUGCUGUCUGUGACUCGAGAUCCACCAGCUGAGAAGCACUAAUCUACAUUUUUCAAAGUUUAUUUUUAAAAAUGUUAAAAGAUGGAAAUUCUGUGGUCCAUUUCAAACAUACAAUUCUGUCGCUGACGCACAAGUUUUUCAAAGUUCUGUUAAUUUCAGGAUGUGGUUUAGCUGCUGUGGUUUCAUAGGAAACGUUUGAGGAUUUGGUUGUUAAGGUUAUGUUUGGUUUGUUUACAAUAUUUUUUUAUCAUUACAUUUUGUUUUAUGCACUUUUAGUUUAGUGGUGCUAAUAUUUACUUGCAGUGUGUCGCUUCAUACAAUAAUUACAUAAAAAAUGGACAGGAAAAACUAUUAAAAAGAUCAAAUAAAACAGAUGCAAAAGCUCUUUUAGGACUCUGCUGUCAUCUUAAAUACAAACAUUCACAUUUAUGUCAAAGAUGAAAAUUCUUAUUUUCUAAGAUUCAAGGUUUGUGAUUUGCUGAGAAUAUUGUGUCUUGACAAUUAUUAUCAUUUUUUUUUUUUUUACAAGCAAUUGUUUUAUUAAAGCUGUAUUUUUAUGUUAAUCAGUAUUAAAAGGUAGAAAACUGAAGGAUUUAUUCUGCAAAAGAAGUUUGUUUAGAUGUCAAAAGGUGUUAAAACACCAAUAAAAAAAAAAGUUCUAAUAACAGUGUAAAAUAAUAUUCAAGCUCUUAAAUAUGUUUACAUCAGAUUCAUGUCACCAUUGAUAAGAAUGCCAAACAUUUCAUGACUUGUUAUAAAGUGUGGCCCUAUUUUCCCCCAGAAUAAAACUCAAUGUAUUUGUCAAAAUAAUAAUACAUUUGCACUACUGGAACUAAUUAAAAGAAAACCUUCCGAGACACAAUGUCAUUUUGACAUGAACCUGUGAGCAGUUUCUUACCUGUCGUUUAAGGAUUUAUUUUUCAUUUGUAUCAAAAAUUUGUAUUUAUUGUGUAAAUAGCAAAUGUGAAAGUCCUUGCACUAUUUCAGGAAGGAUUUUAACGUGACGUUUUGCCUCUGGCAUUCAACAUCAGCAAUUAAUAUUAACAAAAUACAGAAAGGUUUUAGGCAACUUUGCAGCAACAAUCACUCUAUUACAACAAUGUUACUCUUUAUUUUAAAUAAAAAUAAAAGUCUUGUA